GAGUGGUAUAACGGUACACCCUAAUUCCUCGUUACCCUAUUCCUUCUCUUGUUCUGGAGAUGAGGCUCAUCUCAUGUCCUGCUCUAGACACACCCACUCAGUCUGCCGCUAUCCUUAUGACACUGUUGGAGUACAGUGCAGUUCCUAUGGUCCUACUGACCCAUCAUUAGGAGCUGUUAAUUCCAGUUCAGGACGAUUGACUGUUGUAGUGGGUGGAGUCAGAGGAACAGUGUGUGGGCGGUCCUUUAAUCAAUUAUCGGGUCAUGUGGCCUGUAGACAGAUGGGAUUUGAAACUAUUAGCAGCUACAGACUAGCAAAUUCCAGUUCCUCUUAUGAGUUUCCUAUUGCUCUAACAUCAGUUUCCUGUUCAGGUUUCGAGUCUGACAUAUUAUCCUGUCGUCACACAGUGACUGGUAGUGGUUCCUGUAGCCAUCAUGAUGAUGUAGUCUUGUCCUGCAGUAAGGAGAGGCCCCAUGCUGAUGGGUUGGUUAGAUUGAUACCAUCAGGGUCCAAGGCCAGCAGCAGCAGCAGGAGCAGUAGUUCAUUAGUAGCCUCUGGUAGGUUACUGAUCAGUUUUCAUGGUCUCUGGAUGUCAGUUUGUGGCAAGUUCUUCAGCAGAACAGCUGCUGAUGUCGCCUGCAAACAACUCAACUACACCAGAGCUAUAACGUACUGCACCAACAACUGUACUGAUGCUCCACCCACUGAUGGGUAUGUAUAUUUCGCUGAGACCCAGUGCACAGGGAGGGAGGACCGACUCUUGGACUGCGAGCAUGAGAUUCAUAAUCAUGAGCUGUGUGGACAUGAGUUUGACGUGACCUUAUCUUGCAUAAAAGAAGUCACAACAACAACAACAACAAGAACACCAUCAACAACAACACCAACCAACACUGUAGCUCCUACAGUAGUUGGAGUCAAUCCUUCUCCCUCAUCCUUCUUCCUGCCUAUCCCUAGGCUCUUGUUCUACUCUAUUGUCGGGGCAGUGUCUUUGCUAGCCCUCACCUGCUGCAUGUGUCUCAUCAUUUGUCUCUGUGUCUGCUACCGUAAGAAGAAGAAGUCAGUUAGUACAUCAUGGGGUCCACACACUAAUGGGUCCAUUAGUACUAAUGAACAGUAUCACAUUUACGACUACCCUCACUUUAACGAGGCUGAGAGAAAUGGCAAGGACUGGGAGGCCAGUUAUGAGAACUCUAAGAGUGGGGCUGGGUUCUCACUGGAGGAAGACCCUCCAAGAUAUGAUGAUUUCAAGUUUCAACGUUCCCUUGACAGUAUUGGAGAGAACCCAUACCAGACUGAAACAGGUUUAUACACAGCAGACGGGAUUGCUGUGGGCAGUAAUGAGCUGAUACUGGACCCUCGACUAACCAGCUCUUCAGAGCUUUAAUUCCUCUGUUUUUAAACUCUUUGAUUUUAUUAAGUGUAUCAUUAUACCAAAGACUCAGCAUUAAUCUAUUAUCAUUCUUUUAAUUCAUUUAAUUUAUAAAUAA